GGGUGCUGUCAAGGUAAGGAUGUGGGCACGAUAAGUUCAACCUGGCAUCAAACUGUGGGCUUUUUUCUUGCUGCUUCUGGGCGCUCCCCACUGAAGGCACGGCCGGAUGCCCGCCAUAAGCGCAGCGCUGCCUGUGGUAGUUGCGCACGCGUCGGGCGCAUGCGCGGCAGCGCGUGCUGAGCUGAGACGGGGCGGCCAUGGCGCUGCGGGGUCCUCGUUGCCCCGCAGCUCACUGAGGUGCUAUAAGUCUGAAGGAAGACCUGAGCCUGCUAAGCAGACACUUAGGAAGCCGAAGUUACCAGUGGGCCGAUUUGAUGAACCGGAGGAGUCGAGUGUAGAGAGGGAACCGCUGGAAAAAUUCCCUGAUGGAAUCAAUCCUGCUACAAAAGAGAGAGGUGGACCGAAGGGCCCUGAACCUACUCGUUUCGGAGACUGGGAGAGGAAGGGACGUUGUAUAGACUUCUAAUGUGCAACUGAAUCCAUAUUGCUGAUGAUAUAUUUCUAGCUCUUGAAGAGCAUGUAUAGAAUAAUCUGAGCUAGAUCUGUUGGGAAUGUUCUUGUUUCUAUCAGGCUCGUGAUGAAUUCUCUGGGAUGCUUUAUGUAAAUAAACAUGAUACUACAACUUG